AUGGAUGUGGGUCAGAUGCAGAGACAGUGGGUUGACUACAUUAAGUCCUUGUUUCUGGAGGGGUUUUUGGAUGGGCAGUUUUUGCACCUUCAGAAGCUUCAAGAUGAGAGCACCCCAGAUUUUGUUGUGGAAGUGGUGUCUAUUUUCUUUGAUGAAACUGAGAAGCUUCUCAAUGAUGUCACCACAGCUUUAGAGCAGCCAAGUGUAGACUUCAGGAUUAUUGGUGGCCAUGUUUACCGGUUUAAGGGUAGCAGCUCCAGUGUUGGUGCACAAAGAGUUAAAGAUGGCUGCAUUGCUUUCCGCAACUACUGCGAAGAAGAGAACAUUGAAGGGUGCAUCGGAUGUCUUCAAGAAUUAAAGCAAGAGUACUACCUUGUGAAGGACAAGCUCCAAACUCUCUUCGCAAUGGAGCAACAAAUUGUGGCAGCUGGUGGGUCAAUUCCUAUGUUGAAAUUAGAUAUCUAAGGCCACAAACUCCUACUCUCCAAAUUGAUUGAAGUUCUCUCUUUCACUUGAAUUAUGCUUGUAUGAAUUUUGUGGAAAGGAGUUAUCUGUCUGCUACAACUUCUUAAGGAACCUUCAAGGGUGGUCUAAUAACCUUGUUAUCUUUGGAACUUAUGCAUUUCCUUUUAUUUGCGUUUUAUUCAUUGGAACAUUUUUCCUAGCUGCUCAUUUACUAUAUCCAUUCAGAAUCGGUUUAUGAUUGAAGUUCGAAGUGGACAACUCAAUUCUGGUUUUGCAUAUGACAUUAGGAUGGUUUAGAUUAUGUGAAAUCUGUAGUAGUUUAGCAGUCUGCAGUUUUUACUUUGUGGAACCUCCAAGUCCUACAGGAAUAGCCUGUCUAUAUCUGCAUCCUCCUGCUGUUGUAGUUCCCUGAUAUUCAAUUCUGAACUAUAUUAGUAAAUUUUCAUCUGAUC